CAUAGCCACUGUCACAUAAGCUCAAGUUUUCUCUCCAUGCAUGCCUAAACAUGUGAAGCUAGUUCAUUUUGACCGGCUUUGAUCGUUUAUGCAACACACUUUCUGGUUGUUGUUGGCAGCCAUGUAUAGGCAUCUAUUUUGGCCAAAAAAAUAUGCUUUUUUUUACUUUUGUAUCCUUAUGCUAUUUUCGGUGAAGCAUUUCAUAAAGUGGUAGAUUACCAAUUAAGAGAGUGUACCUCUUGCAACAACAACUAGGUACUCUGAUGAUUGUAUCUGUUCCUUCCUUAAUUUGUUUCUUCUAACUUUUUUUGCAUCAUCGCUGGUGCACUAUUUUUAAUUUGGCUCAAUGCAUACAAGAUCGAGAUUGUUAGAGGCGAUGCCUAAACCGCGCACUGCCAAUAUAUGUUGCAUUGGUUGUUGUUGCCUAUGAAACGUGUGCUGAUCUUCCCGAUGAUUUGUAAUCGAUUAGUUGCAACUAAAAUGCACAAACUUGCAGUGUGAUUUACUGAUCAUUAAAAUUAUGGUUCUCAUGUCGAUUAUUCUUGUAACACUCUCCUUGAAAAAAGUAUUAGCUAGGUGUGUAUCAGAUAUAAUUAAUCUCCUUAUUAAUUCUGUUUGCAGUUACUUUAGCUAGCUGAUCAUGGCAUCAUCCCUCAAGGCACUGCUUGUUGAGGAUACUGCGGUUGACAGCAUGGUUCUCUCCUUCAUGCUACGCAGAUUUCACUGUGAGGUCAUCCUGGCUAAGAAUGGGAAAGAAGCUGUUGAUAUGUUCCUUGAGGGUAACAAGUUUGACAUUGUUGUGUGUGAUAAGGACAUGCCCAUAAUGACCGGUCCUGAGGCAAUCAUGAAGAUCCGUGCUAUGGGAGCCACCGAUGUGAAGAUCGUCGGGGUGUCCGCUGAUGAUAAUGCCAUGGAGGCGUUCAUGAGUGCCGGUGCUGAUGAAUUUGUGCCCAAACCAAUGAGGAUUGAGGUUCAGGAGGUCAUCAGCAAGAAGAAUAAUUAGUGACGCUUGCUCGAUCCAGCCAUGGAGGAAUAAAUUAAGCUAGCUCAUAUACUAUGAAUGUUAUUUUUUGCAAGGGAUAUACCAUGAAUGUUUGAUAGCUUUAAUUUGCU